CUGAAGGUCCUAUUGAGCCAUCCAAAUAUCAUAGAGCCCUAUAUCCAUGUACAAAGGUACUGCUGAUCAUAAUGAUCACUUCAUCUUAUUAAAAUACCUAAAAUGCAUGUCGCGAAUCCUAGGCCACACAAAGUGCCUUUUUAGGAUCACGAUCACUUUCUCACCCCAACCCCAUCCUAUUAAAAGCACUCUACUGAUAAUCACUUUUCAUCACUUUCACUCCGUCUUUCUUAAACCUUUCCAUGCUCGCCAUUCACAUAUCCAUCUAAAACUCUUCAUAUUCUGAUAUAAUAAACACCAUGAUUGCAUCGGAGAAAAGACACAAUACUAAUCUCCUGGAUGCCUCGUUUUCCUCCUACGCCACCCAAGAACGCUUCAUUAUUAAACUCAGUCACCCUCAGAUCAACCCAAAAAAGAAGGCACAAGACGAUGAACUUGGGAUUUUUGGAGCCGAGAAGUACUUCACGGGAGCCAUAGAUGAAGAACUUAACAAGACUGCUCAUUAUCGAGGUUCAAACAGGCCACAAGAGAAACAUGAAGAACCGUGCCCUAAACCUAAACUGACAACUCCCCCGUCUGGGACUCCGAGCGUUCGUUCUGAAUCGAGUUGGAACAGCCAGAGAGGGUUAUUGGCUAGUAAUGGCAACGAACAUAGAAAGAAAACCAGGGUCAAGAGCUUGUUUGCUAGUCUUGGUUGCAAUUGCAAUGACAAUGCUUCCGUCAAGGUCACCAACAACAAAGUUCGCGUGAAUGAAGCCGUGAAACCGCCUGUUAAAACUGGUGAUUUGGCUCACAAAACAAAGUCGUUGUCGAACAGAUGGGCUGACGAUGAUGUUCCCAUGAAGAAGUUUGAGUUCGAUGAGUUGAAUAUCAAAAGAGAUGACUGCUUCACCUUCCCGGUGUUAAAUUCUUCAAUGGCAGAUGGGAAACAUUCGGAGCCACCAGAACUUGAGCUACACUAUUCAUCGGAGGUAUUUGGUUCUCCAGGGAAGAAGUCUUUUAGCCUGGAGAGAAAACUAACAAUGUUGAACUGGGACGGAGUGACUCCACGAGCGGACAUUAUAGACAUUUCAAGGAACGGUGGACACAAUGACACAGGAAGCGAUGCGAGCUCAGACUUAUUCGAAAUCGAGAGCUUCUCCACUAACGAGAACAACUCGUUUCUUUCUCGCCAAACAUUAGAGAAUUCUGAAGGAAGGCCAAGCAAUGUCAACGGGUAUGCACCGAGCGAGGCAAGUGUUGAUUGGAGUGUCGUUACGGCCUGUGCUGCUGAUUUCUCAACUGCUGACGAUUUCGCAGUCGCUCGAACUGUUAAAGCAAAAGGAGAUACGGAGAGAGUCAAAGGUUCCGGUAUUCUUUCAGGGUGUCAUAGUCACAAGGCAGUGCGAGUUUCCGGUGAUGAAUAUUGUAUGACAGGUGGCGGCGAUAAGGUGGCAGGCAUAGCGGCCCCCUCCAGGAGGGAAUGGUGCCGCCGCUUGGAUUCUGUCACACCAAUAGCUAAAAUCCACGCAGACACCAAGCUAGUAGGUGUGGGGUCUGAUUCAAACAGAGGCCAAAAUGGAUUUGGCACUACACGUUCUGUUCCCAGGAUGCAUGCUUCAAAAUACUUGUAUAGUAUUCAACAGCAGUAGGGACGAUAUUUGGUGUCAUAAGUCAUUUUGAGUAAUAUUUGUUAUGCAGAUAUUUCAUUUUCAUCAGUAAAUUCCAUUGAAGCAAUAUCCAUUUGUAACUAGGAUCUCUAUCAAUACAGUUCUGCUAUUUCUAAGGAAGAAAACACAAGGUUGUUAUCGGGUAUUUGUGUGAAAGAAAAGCCGAGUAUGAGUAGAUGCGUGCAACAAGUGCAUGCAUUUGGAUUUACCAAUUGGAAGCAAUCUUACACAUGAAAACGAUAAUAAAAAAACAAGGAAUUUUUUCCUCAAAUGCAGCUAAAAUGUCGAUAUCAUACCAGCAGAGUAGGAAACGAGGGAGCUUUCAAAUAUACCGAUAGAGAGAUCCACAUAUUGCCACGUGAUAGAAAAAGCUAAGUUGGAAUGCUACGCUCUUAUUCAAAGCUACUUUAAAAUGUUGAUGUCAUGUUCAAAAGCGAAGAUAGAUUUUCUAAAGCAUGCAAUGUGUCUACGGCCCACACGGAGGUUGAUGAAAGAUUCAAGAGACAUGAAGAAGGUGGUUGAAGGAUCUACUGGGGUAGUUGUGUAGAAAUUUCCUUGUAAAAGAUUUUUUUAGAUAGCAUCCAUUCACUUAUACUACAGUACUUGCCACAUCGUAUUUCGAAGACUCUACUUGAAAUGGGCCAUACCAUCAUUUGUAAUUCAUCAAUUAUUUUUUGCA